UCGAUUGCGAACAGAGAGGACGGCCUCGGAGUGCAAGUUUUAGCUUAAAAUAUGAGUAACAUUUAUAUUCAAGAACCUCCAACCUACGGAAAGGUUCUGCUCAAAACUUCCGUUGGUGACAUCGAUAUCGAACUGUGGUCGAAGGAAUGUCCGCUGGCUUGUCGCAACUUUGUGCAGCUCUGCCUCGACGGCUACUACGAUGGAACGGUCUUUCAUCGCCUCGUCAAGGGAUUCAUUGUGCAAGGCGGUGACCCGAACGGUGACGGAACGGGCGGGGAAUCGGCGUUCGGGCACACCUUCAGGGAUGAGUUCCACUCUCGGCUGCGCUACGUCCGCCGAGGGCUGGUCGGAAUGGCGAAUUCGGGCAAAAACGACAAUGGAUCUCAGUUUUUCUUCACACUGUCCGCUACACCGGAACUGCAGAACCAGAAUACACUGUUCGCCAAGGUCACGGGCGAUACGGUUUACAAUAUGCUAAAACUGGAGGAAGGUGAGGUGUACGAAAACGAACGGCCGCACUUUCCGCACCGCAUCAUCCGGAGCGAGGUGCUCAGCAAUCCGUUUGACGACAUUGUGCCUCGCAAAGCGGCAGACCAAGCAAAACAGCCGGCCGAUGAGGGUGCUAGGAAAAGGCGAAAGGAAAAGGGCGUCAAGAACUUUGGCCUCCUCUCGUUCGGUGACGAAGCCGAGGAGGAAGAGCAGGAAGUGAACGUCUUGAUUCAGAAAACAUCCAGCAAUGCCCGUGGGAAGUCGUCACACGACGUACUCGAUGAUCCCAAGUUGAGCAAACAAUCCAUCGACCACACGGAUAGCCAUCAAGGCGAGACGAGCAUGGACGCAGAUGCUGAGACCGAUUCGUUCGAUACGCGGAACGAUCGUGCAUCCGUAGAGCGGUCCAAAGGCAUGACCCGAAAUGAAGACGUUAAAUUGGUUCGCGAUAAGCUAAAGCGUAAACCACACACCGAAAAGCGCGCGGAGGAGGAACUGCGCGCCCAAACUGAAUCCGACACCGACUCCGAUGGUUAUCAGUUGGAUGGGGCGAAGAAAAAGUGCAAACGUGAGGAGGCAGAGAAAAUUCGCCAAGAGAUAACCAAACUAAAGCGCGACUACCGCACCGAUAAACAGUCGAAGGACAAGAAAAAAGAGAAAGAAGAGGCCAAAGUUUCGAAAAAAGAAUCCCGCAAGGAAGUGAUGAAAGAUGUGCUGAGGGUUCAGGAGGAGUACGCACAGAAGAGCAGUCAGCUCCCGAAGAAGGGUAGCUCGAGGGAAAGCUUUACCAUGCAAUUGUUGCAAAAGUUUAAAUCGAAACUGCAAACGGCGCACGAGCGUGACGAAUCGACGAGCGAAGGCAACGUGGCAGCGACCGAAGAAGACGCGGAAAAGGACAUCCAGGGAGACAAUUGGUUAUCGCAUCGAUUGGAGUUCGAACAGAAGGAUCCCAUACUGGCGAAAGAUGCAGCCACCAAGGACGACGAUUGGUACGACGUUUACGAUCCCCGCAAUCCUCUCAACAAACGAAAACGCGAAGCCAAACAGGACGGAGCGGCAAAGAAAUGAAAAUAUCCGCUUUGAAAUGUAUCAUCGGAAAGUGACGAAUAUGUGUAUAUAUAUAUAUAUAUGUGUAUUUAAAUUACUAAACCUAAGCCGCAGCAUCCUACCAGCCUACGUUGAUGGUUCCCGAGCGAAACCAUCUCCCUUUGCACGGAAUGUGUCACACCUAAUG